UUGGACAACGACCGGAGCCCCUCCGCUCUGCCGCUCCGCUCCGACAGCUGAGAUCGCGGUCAAGUUAACCGGAUGUCUCUCUCACUUUCUUUCUCUUUUUUUUUCACGCAGGCUUUUUUGCCCCAAACGAAGCACCGUUACCCCAACUGCUCAGAGGCGGGCAAACCCCAGAGGCCAGAACUCACGAGGGACUUCCCACAUCGACUCCCAAAUCUCUCUCUCUCUCUCUCUCUCUCUCUCUCUCUCUCUCUCUCUCACACACACACACACACACACACUGCAGGACCCUGUUGGACAGCUACAAUGAACCCCAGACCUUCAGUGGAGUGGACCGUUGUCACUGUCUCCAUCUAUGGGAAACUUGCCGUGUCCCUCGCUGCUGAGCCUGGACCUGAGCCUUUGGUUGGAUUUUUCUGUUGAUCUCGAGGCAGGAUAGAGUUUGGCGGGACGAUGAUGAUUGAGCUGCAAGGUGCUGAGGACGGCGGAGGGGGUCUUGGUGGUUGCGGCCACAUGGACGUACUGAGCACAGAGGAGCUGGAGUGUAAGAUCUGCUACUGUGCGUACAACCUGGGGAGUCGCAGGCCGAAGGUGCUGGAGUGCUGCCACCGUCUGUGUGCCAAAUGCCUCGCUAAGAUCCUGGACCUGGGUGAGUCGCCUCCCAACGCCGUGGUGUGUCCGUUCUGCCGCUACAUUACCAGACUGCCGGGCGAGGUGGUGAGCAGCCUGCCAGAUGACUGCAACCUGGUGGCGGCGCUGGCCUUCCAAAGCAGGAAUCAGAGGAACCUCCACUUCCACCAGGAGGCGACCACGGAGCUGCUCCUCAGCCCCAGGCGCCUGAGCUCGCUGAUGGGCAGCAGCCCAUCUGUGACAUCUCCUUCCUCCUCUUCCUCCGCUUCUUCCUCCUCCACCACCUACUCCUCCAUCCGGGGCUCCCCUAACUUUGUGGUCAUUACCAUCAUGGAGCCUCCACCAGUGCCUGCAUCCACCCAAGACCUCCACCGUGGAUCCCACGCGUCAAACCGAGGCUACCGCUCGUCCAGUCUGGACUCUAUGGCGUCCAUCACGCAGAGGUGGACGGUGUGGAACUGCGCGGCCCUCCUGUGCCAGACCUCGGCCCGUGCACUGGUGUGGGUGCUGGGCCUGCUGUACUUCAGCUCGCUGCCCAUGGGGGUUUACCUGCUCAUCAUGCAGAGGACAACGCUCGGGGUGCUGCUGGUGAGCCUGGUUCCCGCCAGCCUCGUCAUGAUCAUGGUCUACGGGUUCUGCCAGUGCAUCUGCCAUGAGUUGUGGGACUGCAUGCCACCGUAAUGGGACCAGAUGAAUGGGCAAUGGUUUGCUUUGAAUAUGCUUGACAAUGGAUCUCUAGAAUUCACUAAUGGGGACGUUACUGUGUAACUGACCAUGUAAACGCUUACUUCAAUAGGAGAUGAUGCUCCUUUUCUUUAUUGAAGGAGAGAGCAAGAACAUUAUGUACAUUACAAAUGGAGCCCACACUUUUGGGCUUUUCAUGAUUAUACAUGUUAAUUUUGAGGGUUUAGAACCAGAAGGGGCGUAAGUCAGUUCCUCCAAGAAGAUGUGAUGUUGCGAUUAAUGCAAAUUCAACCAAUUCCUGUGAAUUCUGCAAUUUUGUCCAAUCACAGUGACUUUCUCAGAAUUUUGUCCAAUCACCGCGUCCUGCAAACAUAGCAGUCUCCAUGCAAAAUGUUGAUCCAUAUGUCACCAAACUAUAGCGAUUUUAUUCUCUCAGAAACAAGUUGCCUUUGAUUUUUAAUGAAUUAUACAAACAAAUCUAUUCAACUAUUUUGGCAAUUUUCACUUUCUCUAAAAUUUCUAUUUCAAAAAAUGCUGCUGUGAAAUCAGAGAUUUGAGGCAACAAUCCCCCAAAAAAGCUGGCGACCAACUUUACAGGAGAGCCAAAACAAAAAAAUGACCACGUUAUGCUGACUUUGUUUAUUAAAUUCAGUCUUUAUUAGACUUCAUAAACAUGUGGAUGACAAUAUACUUAUUGAACAAAGUGCACUUAAGCCCUUUUAGCCCCAAACAGUUAUGUCUGUUGAGUUUUAGGUCUUUUGGUUUUUGAUAAAUAGGUUUAGAAUUCACACAUUCCCUGUUUUUGAAAUAGAAAGAGCUCAUCAAGAGAUUUCAUUUGACAUUCUCAACUCAUUUUCUCCCAAAACGUCACACACGCAACUCUGGUUCUAACCCCUCGAUUUGUGCUUUGUUUAGCCUGGUAGUCAACUAAUUACCCAUUAGAGCUCUAAGUUUAAGAUUUAUCAAAAACUUUAAUGCCAAUUCUGGUGCUACAUGUUAACAAUAGCCUUCUGUUGCAGUGAGAAACCUGAAGGUAUUUAAGGUGUUAAUAAUAUCAGUCUCCUAUGGAUCUAAUUUGUGUGUCGCAGCCAUAAAAGCAGCAAAUGUGAACGUUCGCGACACAAAGUCCUGAUAGUUCUUGAAAUCAGCAUGAACAGCAGGGUGUUGUCAAGUGUGAAAACCUUUUCUGUGCACCCAAAAGGGAGAUUAGUAUAUUUUCUCACCCUGAAAGAAUCAUACAGUAGUUUGAUCCUGAAAUAAAAUGGUUACCAGCUAAAACCUGUUAAAAGUGACUUUUGUUAAAGCUGCAGAAUCUCCUUUAUAUGAUCACUUCCGAGUGUAAAGAGUGGAAAUCAGUCAGUUUAUCUCAAAUAAUCUCUUCGGGUGCUGCCCGAAAAGGAAACAUAAA